GACUGAGGAGAUGGACGAGCUAGAAGACGGGGCUUUGAGUAAUAGGGACAACCUUUCUUUGCCGUCAUCUGGGACUGAGUCAUGGCCUACCUCAGCCACCCCCGGCCUGCCACCCUCGCUCCUGAGCACCCUAAACCCAACCCACCUGGGGCUCCCAGAGCAACUGGCCUCUGUCACUGUCCCCAUCCGCCUAGACACCCUGUCCUACCUCCUACACAGUGCCCUCCUGGGGACUUACAACCUCCAGCAGUCUUUACCCCCAUGCUCCUGCUCUGCCCAGCCAAGCCACAUCUGGCCAGACACAGUCAGGAGGCCACCCAGGAGAUCGGGCCAGGCCCGUGGAGGCUGGGAAGUUCGACGCAGGCCUUCCCGGGGCUGGGGUAGGGGCAGGGUCCGGGCACAGUCACAAAGGGGCUCUGGAAGAGCUGAAGAGCGGGAGAGGAACAUGGCAGGGGAGCCUGGGGCUGGCCCCAGUACCCCAACAGUGACACCACCAUCCCAGGAUGGGCAGAAGGAAGCUGGAGGACUAUCUGAAGACUGGGAGGCAGACUACUAGGACCCUGAAGAGCAUCCAGUACCUGGUCACCCAGGGAUGUUCCCAGAGCCCAGUGUUCUUAAAACUUCAGAGGUACCCUGAGAAAUAUCAUUCCUACAGUCUCCCCAGCCCCCAGACUACAAUCUCUGAAGGCCUCCUGCAGCCCUAGAAAUAAGAAAACUCCGUGCCCAGCCUUACAACAUCCCAAACCCAGCUACUUACUAUUCCACUUUGUUCUCAGUGCUCUCAAGGCUGCUCCAACCCCAUUUCCAGACCAAACCACCCCCCCGCAAAGCCCUUCCUCUCUCCAUUCCACAGUCAGCCCAUCUUCACCAACUCCCCACUCACCUUUUGGCCUUCAGUCCAAACCCACUCUCCUCCCUAAUUUGCCGGUUUGUUUUUUUGUUUGUUUGUUUUGUUUGUUUGUUUUAGUGCUAUCCUCCCGGGUGCCAGUCAAACUUGGGAGUAAGUUGUAACUCUAAAGUAAAUUGCAAUCCUCUUUUAUUUUUAUCUUGAGAAAGAGUCUCAGCAAGUAUCCAAGCUGGCCUUGAACUUGCGAUCCUCUUGUCUCAGCUUCAGAGUAUCUGGGAUUAAAGGUCUGGUCCACAAGGCCUCCAAUCAUUCCCAGCUUUGCUUUGUUUUAAAACUGGUUAUACCAGUCUUGCUCUCUCAGUCAGAGUUAAGAUUGGUGUGGACUACUAGCCUGGGCUCACUCCCCACAUCCUGGUCCUCUUCUGCAGUUAUCAUAUCUCAUGUUCACCUUCACUUAACAACAGUGCUCUGCUCAACUCCAGCUCCAGCCCCAGCAUCUGCUGUGUCCUAGCCCUGCCCUGACAAGCCCUUGAUCCUACCCUACAAAGAACCCCUUGGCCUGACGUGUCUAGACACCUGUAUCCACCCGUGCCAUUGCUGCUUCCUGUCCCUCGAGCUGGGAAGCCCAGGUUGGACAAUAAAACGGUGUUCUAUAUACUCUUA